AUGCCAGGCGCGUUCGCCACAUCGAUUCCCACUUCUCCUGUCCUCCCCCCACUCGCCCUCCCCGGCCCUUCUUCCCUCAGCCCCGACCUCCACAUCCACAACCCGAUAGACGCAAGUCCGGACGGUGCGAUGAAGGAGAAAUCCCACCUCGACAUUGUCCUCGACAACCCGCAGGGGCAUAUCUUCCUCAAGGGCACCGGAGCCAAUGUCGAACCAGCAAGAUUGAGCGGACAUGUGUAUCUGUUCCUGACGGAGGCGACGGCGCUCAAGGAGAUCGCGCUCCAGUUUAGAGGGAAGGCGAAGAUUCCGAUGCCUGCGAACGAGUCGCUAAUGAACAACAGCGCCUACAUCACCUACACUAUCUGCACGCACGAUUGGUCCUUCCUCGAAGGCGACAAGAAACACUCACGCACGCUCAAACCCGGACGGCACUUCUUCCCCUUCUCGCUCUCCGUCGACGGCUCCUUGCCCUCCUCCAUCCAUACACCCCUCCUCGGCGGUGCCUCCAUCUCCUACAAGCUCCGCGCACUCGCCACACGGCCUGGCCUCGCUCACAACCUCACCUCCACCAUUCCAGUUCACAUCCUUCGCUCGCUCACGCCCGAGGCCCUCGAGUACCAACAAUCUCUCGAGAUCGAGAACACAUGGCCGGAGAAGUUGAUGUACGCAAUCGUGCUACCGCACAAGGCGUGGGCGGCGGGGGACACUCUGGUGGCGGUUCUCAAGUUCUCGCCGAUGCGGAAGGGCGUACGGGUGAGCAGUGUCGUGAGCACGCUGUACGAAACGGUGCGGGUAUACGCGCGGAGUGGGAACCAGGAAGAGACGCGGGUAGUGGCGAGUGUGAAUCAUGAGAUGCCUGUGGCUACAGCACCUGAGGGAUCUUCAUCGAGCGAAGACGGAAUCGACGACGGCUUCGAAGACAAGGACGUCGUAACAUAUGUUACCCUUCCCAUCCCACACACCUCCUGCGAGUCACCUUCCCCAUCGCCACUCUCCCACCCCACCACCCCACUCGCUUCUAACCCCGCACCUUCAAGUCAAACCCACACACAGAGCGAAAGCCACACGCCUGCGCCCUGCAAUCCCGUCUCCCACACUAUCACCAUGACCAAUACAACGCCGACACACGCCCUCGAGCCGAUCGCCGUCUCGCACCGCGUGCGCUGGGCGAUCUUCAUCCACAAUGCGGAUGGACACACAUCGGAGCUUCGCUGUUCGCUGCCGGUACACAUCCUCGACGGGCGCGUCCUCGAGGAAGCGCGGGGAUGUAGUGUAAUGACGCGCCAGAUGGUGUUGGGCGCGGUGGGCCUGGCGAGGGCUUGUGGGGAACUCGGUCUCUCGACGGGUGUCCCUGGUGACACGGAGGCGCAGACCGAUACGGAGAAUGCAGUUGAGGAUAGAGAACUCCCAAGUUAUCCAGCGCACGUACGCGACCGCAUCGCGAACAUGUUCUUGCCCGAGGGUGUAAUGGUGCGUGCCCCGAGCCCGUGGGUCGGGCGGAUCGGCGAGACGGGGCCAGCGUCCGUCGAGAGCGGGGACAGCGCCAGCACGGAUACGGCUGCCUCGAGCGUCAUCGCCGUUGACCUCGCUGAGCCCGUCGGCGGCUCAGGCCCGCACUCCCGCGCCUCCGGGUCCGCCACACCCGCUGGUCUGCCCAGUAGCAUGUCCAACCUCCCACACGCCCCCAAUGCAGGAGCCAGCGCGCCAGAGAUGUCCACCCUUGACUGGGUGAAUACGGAGCUGCUGUUAAGCUUAAGCGAUGCACCGUUGCGCGGUGCGCAUGCUCCUGCGUCCAUUUCGACGACGACGACGGGAAGACAUCGAGGAAGUGGACACGCGAGUCGGAUUGGGAGUCGGUGGGGCAGCAGGGAGCAGAGUCGCGUGCAUAGUCGGAGUGGGAGCCCUGGGCCUGGGCCUGAGAGCCAGAGGAGGAGUUUGGAAGCUCAAAGCUCGAGUGGGAGUGGUGAGGGCGACGUUCCGGCUCUGCGGAAUCCCUCAAUUCCUGAACACCAGCAGAAUAUCGACGCAGCCUCUUCAACAACGAGCAUCUCGCACGCCAGCAGCUCGCUGCAUAUCGCCCACCACGGGCACAGUGUACGCAGCCUGUUCAAAGCGACGAUGAAGCCCUUCGCUGCUUUCGCGCAUGGACACGGGAAGCACCAUCCCCACGGAGUCGCGACAGUGACGAUCAGCGAGCACGAGCCCGAGACCACCGCCGGCGCCAAUUCGUCGCAUUCGCAUUCGCUCUUCUCUCUAUCGAUAUCAUCUCUGUCCGUAUCGAGGGGUAGCUCUCACCAACAACAGCUACCCUAUUUGCCGUCUUCCCUUGCGCAUUCUGCCUCCGACAACCCUCAACCCUCUCAUCCUUCUUCCUCCGUUUCAAUGCCAACGCAAAGUGGGCCAACACCCUUGACAGGCGAAGACCUGAUGCACCGCGCGUUCACCUCCGUGCCCGACUACUCCAUCGCCGCUCGCGGUUUCAUUGGCGGGGUGCCGCCCUUGAGCAGCAUGCAGGGGUUGCCGAGCUACGAGGAGGCGCAGGCGGGGCGGGCUAGUUCUCGGCUUUCACGGAGACGCUCGUCAGGUUUAGACAAUGUGGACGACCAGAGUCGGCGCGGGAGGAGUAGGAGUAGGGAGCCCAGGAGCAGGAGUACAGAGAGGAGGGCGACGGUCAGCGACUCGGGCUUGGUGGGGCCUUUUGGUUUGAAUGCGGAGGGGAUUUCACAGAGGUUGGGGAGUGGGGAGAGUGGGGAAGAUGAUAGCGACGAGGGCAUUCAGACGCGCCCCUCCCUCUUCCGGACGUAA